AUGAAUCCCAGUGUUUGGCUACCAUUGGUCAGUUUGACCGCCCACCACAGGCUUCAGAUACUGGCAAUGGUUGGAAGUGCGUGUCUCCAGUUGUUGCACUUCUAUGCCCAGUUCCUCUCAACUUCAUGUUCUCUGAGACUGCUUUUGCCCUUCAUAUUUCUUUUCUUCAAGUUUCCCAGCGUUGACCUCAUCUCUGCUAUGUCUCAUUCACCGAAACCUCCAUCGCUAGCACCAUCCCGCAGGUCCAUUUUUCGCGAGGAAUUCAGCUCGCAGCAUACUCUUCCUCAUCUCAAUCUCGGCUUACCCGCAGCAGAGGACCACCACGGCAACAGUGCAAACACCACCAACAUGGCGGCAUUCCCAACUCCAAGGGAGGUUCGCCGACUAGCAUCUGAUCACAACUUUGUUCUCGGCGCCACUGAUCCCGCCCCCAGACGGUUGGGAAUCUUGUCAUUCAUAGGAAAGCAGCUCUCUCUUGUUGUUGCACUAAUUGCUGGUAUUAUCUCGGUGGCUGUGGCCAUUGCCUACACCGUGGCAGCAAGCAAGCAGCUGUUGCAAUGUCCAGCUUGGGCGAAUGAUUGCCGUUCGCUUGAUCUUUGGACGGCAGAAAAUCUGGGUGCGAUACAAGGGAUUAUCACAGCAGUCUAUCUCAUCGGUCUAUCUGCCUUUGCAUAUGUUUGUCAAGCACUCUGCGAAGCAGCGUUAUGGCCUCUGUUACACACUCAAACACUCACCAUCUCGGCCCUAGGGGGUUUCCUGGCUCUUAACCAUGGCAAUAUCAUGUCGCUACCUCAAGCCGCCACAGGGAUACGCUCUCUGUCUGCGGCUGUGGUCUUUGUGGUAUCUUUGCUUGCGAUCCUGCUUCCCCUGGCUGCCCCUCCGCUUGUAGGGUAUGCAUGCACGCCCAUUCUGGAGGCGGUGACGAUAUCAAGCAACAUCAGCUCGUCCGCAUCUUCUGUUUUGGACAGACCCUUCACACAGACCAACCCACCCUCACCAGCCUUCAUCCCAGCACUAUCAGCAUACAACACCUACGCCAAUAACCCAGCAUCUGAACCACUACCAUCCUUCAGAAACUGGCUCUUUGACAGGUCAAUCCUUGCCACCAGAGGUAGUUUCACCGCAAAAGCCGUCCACCUCGACACAAACAUCACCUGCCACGGCCAGCAGCUGCAACAACUCCACAGGAACAAUGCCCCCAUUAACGCCUUCAAAACAACAACCAACCUCUCCAGCAGCCGCCACAAGCCCUCCGGGGAAGUAUGGUUCACCCCCCAACCUCACCUCACGGUCUUCCUCGACGACGUCAACUUCCACUCGACCAACAUAAUCAACACAACAAUCAUCCUCGCCGCCAUAAACGGCACCAUCUCCGGCGGCCAAACAACCAACCUCACCCUAGGCAACAUCAAAUCCGUCUCAGCAAUCAGCUGCUCAGUUCUCCUCUCCGUCAACGACGAUGUCCUAACCAUUGGCCCCGCGCCCCCUAACCCAACUCGCCCAGUAUUGUCCUCCCUCUCGGACCUCAACCUAACCUCCACCCUCCUCUGGCUCACCGCCUCCCCUCUCCUCGUCACCCAAGCAAUACUCUCCAACUCCACCCUCACCCGCCUCGACUCCAACAAGUGGACUAUCCCCGGUCUUGAGUCCUUCCUCCACUUUUCCAUAGCAGCAAUGGCUACAUCCCUUUUCAGCAGCUCCCCCUCUCAAACCCCAACCCAUCAGCAAAAGCUUGUUUCAGCAAUAGAGACCAAAAAGCUCAGCACCGAACGAGCGUUUUUGCUGCUUGUCCCCCCACUGUUGUACACCUUUUUUAUUAUCUUCAUGGCACUGUGGGAUGUGGUCAUGCACAAGAAAUAUCAAAUCCCCGUCAUGAGAGGCAUGUCCGUAUCCGAGGUGACAAAAAGCUCCCAGACAGCUUGGAUGAGGGAGCAAGCUGGGGCUGAUGGGGCAAAGAGUCAUUUACCCUCUCAGCUGGGGGGGUUAAGCGUGAGGUUUGGGGUUGUAGGUGGUGGAGAGGUUGGGUUUGGGCCGGCAAGGGGAGCGGUGUCAGGUUUUGUGAUGGGGAAGGAUAAGGGGAAGGGGAGGGAUGGGAGUCGGGUUCAUGUCGGGGGUAGGGUCCACCCUGGACAUAGCAGUGUAAGCUGGGUGGAGGAGGAGGAUCGUGGUGGGAGGGAUAAAGGGAGAGGGUAUCGGGCGGAGGGGGGGGAGUGGCCGAGGAAUAGUGAUUUGUGA